AUGGCGCCCUUUCUCGCUGAGACGGUAGUUCACAUUCCCUCGAAAGACAUUCUGUCGUGGUACUUUGAUCAUCCACGCUUCGAUCAGAACAGGCAAAUUUACGUGGAUGCCGCGGACACUAACAAGUUCUGGACUGCAGAGCAAUGUCGGAAUGCCAUUCGACAAUUUGCGGCAGGUUUCCAGCACGUAGGACUACAAGCACAGGAGACGGUGUGCAUUCAUGCUUUUAACAGCAUCAACUAUCCGGUGCUGGUCAACGGGAUUGUGGCAGCUGGUGGUGUUUUCACGGGCAGCAAUCCAGCAUAUACCCUCCAUGAGCUCAUACACCAUCUGAGAACAUCGAAAACCAAGUUUGCUGUUGUGGAGCCGGAACUGUUACCUACAUUCCUUGAGGCAGCAAAGCAUGCCUCCAUCGAUCGAAAUCGUAUCUUCGCAUUCUCUGAGACUAGCUACAACGAUGUCAGAAGCUGGACAGAGUUGAGAAGGCACGGAGAAAGAGAUUGGCCUCGAAUCGACGACCAAAAGACUGCCAGUGCAACUCUCGCAGCUCUACUGUUCAGCUCGGGAACCACAGGCCUGCCAAAAGCAGCUAUGCUGUCACAUUACAAUUUCGUCGCUCAAUACACGGUUCUAGGUGACAUGAAGGGCGUAGGGUGGCAGAAACGACGCCUCAUAGCCCUCCCUAUGUUUCAUGCCUCCACAGUGCCAAGUGUACAUUUCAAUCCCCUCUAUACCGGCGACACAAUGUACAUAGCGAGGCGGUUUGAGCUCGAAAGUUUCAUGCGGGAUACUGAGAGAUAUGGCAUUACCGACAUCAGUCUGGUACCGCCUAUCAUCAACCGUAUCCUAUCGUCCCCGAUUCGCCACAAGUACUCGCUCAAAGGCAUUCGAAAUGCUCAAAGUGGAGCCGCACCUCUCGAUUCCGCCACGCAGGCUCGAUUCAAAGAAUUACUGCCAGAGUCAACACCGCUGACACAGGUCUGGGGCAUGACCGAGACAGUCGCGACGUGCUGCAUGACACCAUAUACCGAUGGACACGAAACCACUGGAAGUGUCGGCAAAAUGGCACCAAAUAUCGACAUCAAACUAUGUGACAACGAUGGGAACGAUAUCACUGCGGACAACGUUCGGGGCGAGAUAUGCAUCAGAGGUCCGGUGGUCAUUGCAGGAUACUUUCACAACGGAGAGGCAAACAAGCGGGAUUGGGAUUCGGAUGGUUUCUUCCACACUGGAGACAUUGCUUAUCGUGAUGAGAAAACAAAACUCUGGUACAUUGUCGAUCGCAAGAAAGAGCUCAUCAAAGUCAGGGGCUUUCAAGUCGCUCCUUCUGAGAUCGAAGGAGUGCUGGUGAGCCAUCCCGACAUUUCUGAUGCAGGUGUUAUUGGAGUGCUGCACAAUGGGGAAGAGCAGCCUCGUGCGUAUGUUGUCAGCUCUACGAAAGAUAAAUCAGGUAUUGAGUCGUAUCUUGCGGAGAAACUGGCGAAGUACAAGCAAUGCACGGGAGGCAUUAUUUUCGUUGACGAGAUUCCCAAAACUGCCAGUGGAAAGAUACUGCGGCGAACUCUGAGAGAGUGGGCUUCCAAAAAGGAGCCCGGAAGCAGACUUUAG